AUGUUUCCGGCCAAACUUCUGGCUCUGGUCGUCGUUUUUAACCUCAACACCGCCGUCUCCGCCACCGACGACGCUGCCAUGCCCACACCCAUUUCCUGCGACAACUGCACCAUUUGUCAAUCCACCUGCAGCCCACCGCCGUCUGAGCCACUGCCAUUGCCACUCUCGCCGCCGCCGCCUUCGCCCUAUGCAGAGCCAGAGCCACUGCCGUUUCCAGUUGCUCCUGCGAACUGCCCUCCCACCAUUGUCCAGUGCUGUCAGUUUCUUCCGCCGCCGCCGCCGCCACCGCAAGCGACGGCGGUGAAUGGUAAUGUAUACACACCGAUUUAUAAUUCUUCUUCUUCGUUUUUGAGAGUUGGGUUGGGCUCUGCUCUGGCCCCUGUUUUUGGGUUGUUGGCCAUUUUCUGA